AGGCGUCACUCCAACGCGCCCAUAAGCUCUCCAAUACCCCACCGACAGCCAACUGUGCCCAACCGAGACUCGAAAAGACACGUAACCGCCAUAAUGUGUGGCUCCGACUGCUUCUUGAUGCUUCUCAGCGUCCUGUUCCCACCCAUAGGUGUAUGGGUGAAGAAAGGAAUCUGCAGCGCCGACUCGCUCAUCAACAUUGCGCUUUGCUGUCUCGCCUUCCUUCCAGGCCUCCUGCACGCCUGGUACGUUAUCCUCCAGAACCCGGACCCAUACGACUCGUACCAGCACGUAGCCGACGGCGAGCGCGGUGGACGCGGCGACGGACGAACUACAUACUACGUUAUUACACACGAGCAGCCAGCUCGCGGUCCGGCCAACUACGGCACCGUAGGCAGCCAGCCGAGCAAUGGACAGUUUCCUGGACAGCAGAGUGGCGUAACGAACAGCUUCGUACAGCCAAAGGGCCACAAGUCGGCAAAGAGCAGUGCAUCGGCUGCGCCAGGUCCAUCAAACCAGGGUGGCGAGGGCAGUUCAAGCCAACCCGAAGGUCCGCCUCCAACCUACGCCGAUGUCAUCAAGGGCGACCAUAAGGUGCAAGAUUGAUGAUUUGGAAGUGAUAGACUGGUACGACUAAGAGGGGGAACGAACAGCAUAAUACCGUAUGAGGUAGCGGCGUAAGGGCUUGGAUAAUAGGGCGUUCCAUGGGUAAUGAUUUCCGAAGUUGCGGUAGGAAGCACUUACUGUGUAUCAUAGCAGAGGCUCGAGAUGAACUAUUGCACAUUCUCUUGGGGAAGAAUGCAACACUUUGGACG